AUGCGUCUUUCUGUUUUUACCGUUGCUUAUGCGGCUAUUGCUGCUGUGGGAACAAAUGCCGUUGAUGUUCAAGACAUUCCUGGCUACGAGGCUAUUCCUGAACCAUCAACCAACAAAUACUCCGAGGUUGCCUCUUCCGCCCUACCAAGCUUCUCAAUCGACUCGCUUGAGCCCACGUAUAUGCCCGAUGAGGACUUGAAGCCCACUGGCAUUCAAGCUCGUGCUGUACCUGCAUCAUCUCAAACUGCUCCUACUACCGCAACAACCGACGAACCUACAGACGAGAGUUACGAUGCUUUCGUCAAGUGGAUGAUCUCCCGCGGCCUAGAGGGAUAUACCGAAAAUGACGAGAAGAAACUCAUUGCUCGCGAUGUGAAUGCACAGACGACAACUCCCAUUGCCGAUCCUCCUACAGACGGACCUUCGGAUGAAUCUUUUGUAGCUUUUGUCGAGUGGAUGGAGGGUCGUCAUCUUGAAGGCACUAUUGAGAAAGAUGGUGUCAGAAACCAUGCUCGCAGUGUACCCGCACAAGCAGAACCAGCCACGGAUGGACCUGCUGACGAUACGUUUGAUGCUUUCGUAAAGUGGAUGGAGUCCAGAGAAGUUCCUGAGGGAGUUGAGCACCAUGCUCGUUCUUUGGAAGAGGAAGAUGAAUACCCUUCCGAGGAAGAGCACGAACUCUACGCCAGAGACGCCGAAGCCAAUGUCCACCCCGAAGAAGAGGGAGAUGAGGAUCUUGACUGGAGCCAAGUGUUCAACGAGGAGUUGCAGCUGCACGCCAGAUCGCUCGAAGAUGAUGAACCAGUCGAAGAUGGCGAUUACGAAGAGCUUGACGAAGAGCACGAGGCACCUCCAGUCGGCAGACGUUCCGAGUCCGAGCAAGACUACCCUGUCGAUGAGGACUUCGAGGAGUUCCUCGCUCGUCACGGCUACAGCCCUGAAGAAUACUCCACACCAACCGAGGCGCACGAAGACGCCCCUGAGCCCGAAGUCCAGCAAGUCGCACCAGAAGCAUCAACGUCAACCGGUGUUGCCUCGCCUGCAGCAGCACCAACACCCAAGCCCACUUCCGCAGGCUCAUCAUCCAUCCCCACUCCUACCUCCGCAGCAUCCCAGUGGUCCGAGGUAGCGAGUGAGACAGCUCCAAGCUCAUCGUCCAAUAUCCAGGCACGCUCUGUGAGUUCACACUUUCGCUUCCGUGACCGUCACCACACCACUUCUGCACAUCCUUCCUCUAGCAGCAGCAGUGUUGGUACGGUGAGUGCAACAGGUGCUACUGCUACCACCUCCACCACUACCACCACUACCAGUCGCAAGGGAUUCUUCGGUCUUCCUUGGUGA